AUUUGCUGCGGCAUUUUAAGCACGUGUAAAACCAUGCCUAACGCUAGACAAAAGCGAGCAAAAAGACUGGGGUUCAGUGGUAAAAAGCCCAAAGUCUUUGAACAUCACCCAAAAGGAAGAAAAAAAGAUCCAGGGUUGCCCAAUAUUUGCGACUUUAAAGAACACAGUCAGAAACAAGCUGAACUUCGACAAAAGAGGCUAGAAGAGCAGCAACAGAGGCAGCAGCUGGCACGGAAUAAGGAACUCAUGAAGAGAAGGAGUCUUGAUGUCUUCCAGAAUGACAUCCAGGACAGACAGCGAGAGUUUGAACAAAGGGAAAUGAAGAAAACUUUGGAGAAACAUGCCAGUAUUGAAAAUGAGAAUUCAAAGAAGACAUAUUACAAAGAAUUUCAAAAAGUGAUUCAAGUUGCGGAUGUUAUUUUGGAGGUUUUGGAUGCUAGGGACCCGUUAGGCUGUCGCUGUCCUCAGGUUGAGCAAGCUGUUGCCCAGAGUGGAACCAAUAAGAAAAUUAUUUUAGUUCUUAAUAAAAUCGACCUGGUGCCCAAAGACAUUGUGGAAAAGUGGAUUAAGUAUCUUCGCAAUGAGUUCCCCACAGUGGCCUUCAAAGCUUCCACCCAGCAGCAGAACAAAAACUUGAAAUGUAGCAAAGUUCCUGUGAACCAGGCUACUCAGGGGCUCCUGGGCAGCAGGGCAUGUGUGGGGUCUGACUGUCUCUUGAAGCUGCUCGGCAAUUAUUGCCGCAUCCAAGACAUUAAGACCACCAUAACAGUAGGAGUAGUUGGGUUUCCUAAUGUUGGAAAAAGCAGUUUGAUUAACAGUUUAAAGAGGACUCGAGCUUGCACUGUAGGAGCUACCCCUGGUGUAACAAAGUGCCUACAAGAGGUGCAUAUAGACAAACACAUUAAGAUUUUGGAUUGUCCUGGUAUUGUCAUGACAUCAUCCAGCGAUGCUGCUAUGAUUCUUCGAAACUGUGUAAAAAUCGAACAGUUAGUCAACCCAGUCCCGGCCGUUGAAACAAUUUUACAACGCUGCAAUAAAAAACAGAUCAUGGAGCACUACGGCGUUUCAGACUUUCACACAACGUCUGAAUUUUUGGCAUUGCUUGCCCAUCGUCAGGGCAAGCUGAGAAAAGGUGGGCUACCUGACACUCCCCUAGCUGCCAAGGGUGUUCUCAUGGAUUGGACAGGAGGACGUAUCAACUACUACACACAUCCUCCAGAAACACAUGUACUACCAACACAUGUCAGUGCACAGAUUUUAACUGAGAUGAACAUAGAGUUUGACUGGGAUGAACUGGAGAAAGGCAACCAGGAGGCCUUAACUGAAUGUAACCCCGGAAAUGAGAUGGCAUUUUGCAUGGACACAUUAGGAAUGACGGGAGUUGGCCAGGAAGAGCCAGCAAAAAUAGAAUUCCUUGAUGUUGAUUCCCAACAAUCGUCUGAACUUAUGGAUGCAGAUGAUGAUCCAGAGUUUGGGCCCAUGACUGUAGAUAUCAAAGCAGGAAAAACUAAAUCUGGUGCAGUGGCUGUUCCAGCUCAAAAGCCUAUGGACUUCGAUAUUGCAGCUGUUGACCCACUUCAGCAAGGCCAGGCACUUUUGGCCGCUAACAAGAAAAGAAAGAAGCAGCAAAAAAGAGCAGACAAACUUGCCACGAAACUCUCAGAUUCUCUAACAUCAGCCAUGAAUUUUGCCUUUCUGGAUAACUGAAACUGAACAGGGAUGCCCCUGUAGCCAACUUGUACAGUUUUUUUUUGGUUAAUUAGUAUGCCCCAGACGUCAUUACAAUUACUUAAACCAGAAAAGAAACAUCUUCAAACAGACAGUUCCAAAAUCAUACUAGCUCACAGAUAUAUGAAUGCAUGGACAGGGCUAGGAACAUUUGGGAGGGAAUCCCUUUGGCAAAACAAAUACAUUGUAGAGUGAAAAAAAUGGUUUGAGGAUGUAUAUUUAAUUAAUGUACCUGAGUCUAAAUACUAAUAAACAUCAUUGCUAAUUCCUUGCUGUAUUG